CUUCGUAAAAAGCAGACAGAAGAAAAAUGUCGGAACAACGAGAGCAAAGACGUCGUCAAACUACGCCUAAAAGUAUCGUAGUAAACGGCGUGACUUAUUUACUUAACAACUCACCAAUCGUGCAAAGACUUGGUAAUGGUCCCAUUUUGUCCAGACCUAUUCUUGCUGCAGUCCAACGUCCCGUGACAUCUACAGAUAUGUCUGAUCACACAGAUUGUGUCGUUACAGUUUCCCCAGCAUCAGCUUAUGGUCAUCAAGUUAUCAAACCAAUAGUUGCAGCUCGUCCUAAUCAAGUUGACAUAUCAACACUUGUAUCUCAUGCUCGUGCUAGUCAAGCUGCCACCCCUGUAGCUACACUUCCUGCUAAUCAAGCUGUCACAUCUAUAGCUGCAGCUCGUCCUAAUCAAGUUGACACACCAACAAUUGUAUCUCAUGCUCGUGCUAGUCAAGCUGUCACACCUAUAGUUGCAGCUCGAGCUGUACAAUUGGCCAGCACACUUCAAGUGCGGAAUAUUUUGAAGGUUCCUAACAACCAUGAUAUUCAAAUUGCCACGACAACUGCCUCGUUAUCCUUUCUGAACAUUUGUCCUUCCGUUAAUAAUCCAACAAGUAACGUAAGGCGACCGGCAGUACCAUCAGACCACGAAUUUUUAACUAAUUCGUAAGGACAUCAUCCUAAAAAUCUCGCUAGUGGAGAAGGCAAGAAACCAUUAUUGGUAGACUUUACAUUGUGAUGCUUGUUAAUUGAUCGAUUUGUUGUUAUUUACAGAACUCCCAUCAACAUCUCAUGCUAAUGAUGGAAACUCAAGCAAAAGUCGUUUAGUAUGGCUCGAGGCAGAUGUUUUCCGGUUAAUUAGCAUUUGGAGAGAGUUUAAUGAGAAACCGAAAUAUCGCCAAAUUGGAAAAACCCUAUCCCUUUGGAGUGACAUUGCAAUUGAGUUGGCCAAAGACGGAGGACCUCGCUACAGUGGUUCACAAAUCCACAUAAAGUACAAAAAUCUCGUGAAAAAAUACAAGUAACUCCGGGAUGGUACUGGACUGAGAAAGGCUUGGAAAUUCUACGAUGUUUUAAACGAUAAGUUGCACAACAAACCUGAAAUUGCCCUUCCCAAUAUCAGGGAUAUUGGAAAAAAGAAAAAGGGUGCAAGUUCUUUUCAAGAUGACGAUUCUGAUGAUAGUGGCCCAACAAAAAUGAAGAAGAAAAAAUUGAAAGCAUCAGAUUUCUACGAGGACGUAAUGGUUCAAGAAAGAAGGCGAGAGGAGAAGGAAGAUCUGCGUUUUCAAAGCAGCAAAGCAAAUGAAGACAUUUUACUAGGCUUCGUCAGAGAGCUGAAGGAAUCUAGUGAAAGAAAAGCCGUUCAAGCCAAAAAAAAUGGUCAACACUUUGCAGCACUAGCUUCUGCAUUGAUUUCUAACAUUAAUCAAACAAAUCAAUCUUCAAAGUAGUUUUCGAAGUAUUCUUACAUUAUUUGAAGUGUAUGUAAGAAGGCCCUAGCGCACUUGCGCUGUAUUUUGUUAUUCAUGUAAUGUGCUUUACAAAUAAGAAAAAUUGCAUUUGGUUUUUCUAUUGACAUGUUUAAAAAGAAGUCUUAGAAACAUGUUAAUGUUUUUUA